AUGGUUCUCCUGUUCUUUCUGCUGUCGUUUCCCUGUCAGGACAUCCCAUGUCUCGGAGCUGUCCCUGUGGACGACUUGCACCCCUGGAGACGCAAGCGCGUCGCCGCCGAGGUGGAGCCGCAGAUUCCACCCACAGAGAUGUCCAUCCAGGAGCGCAAGCAGCUGAUCAGAGAGGCGGCCUGGAAGAACCAGGGCCACGGCGCCGCCAACGACUCCACGCAGUUCACGGUGGCGGCCCGCAUGGUCAAGAAAGGCCUGGCCUCUCACUCUGCUCUUCAGUCUGCUGGUCCCACCAAGACCAAGACCAGCUGUGCCACCAUCUCCAAACCACAGGAAGAGAUCAAGGCCGAUCCGGACCUCAACCUGGAGUCGGACGAGAAGCUGGACAAGCUGGAGUCUUUCCUGGGAAAACUCAACCAUAGAGGGUUCGCCCCGGAGCCCACGGUCAGCGUGACGCAGCUCCGAGUCAAGGAGGUGAUGAGUCUGGAGGACGAGACCUUCUCCAACUUCUACAAACACGUGGAGGAGCUGCCGCUGGGAGAGCAUGUGGAGCUGGACCAGGACUUCGACGCCAUCUUCGGUCCGCAUCUUCCCAAGCUGACGUCGGAGAUGGUGGAGCACAAGCGCUCGGUCCGCCCUGUGAGGAAGGUGCAGUCCUCCAGGAACCCGCUGAAGAGCCUGGCCUCCAGAACAGACAUCCGCCAAGAGUACACGGAGUCCAGGCUGAACGUGGGGCUGCUGGAGAGCCAGAGGAUGAAGGAGGACAAGGGGAGCAGCCGGAGCGGCCUGUCUGAGGUGGCCUUGGCCGGGUUGGCAAGCACAGAGAGCUUCAGUAAUGUCUGCCUCAGAAGUGUCAACAUCUCUGAACAUGUUUCCAACAACAGCGCUGUGCCCUACAAGAAGCUCAUGCUGCUGCUGGUUAAAGGCCGCCGUCACGUCCAGACCCGGCUGGUGGAGCCCAGGGCCUCGUCUCUCAACAGUGGGGACUGCUUCCUGCUGCUCACGCCGCAUCAGUGCUUCGUGUGGAUGGGAGAGUUCGCCAACAUCAUCGAGAAGAACAAGGCGUCUGAGUUGGCAAAUUUUAUCCAGAGUAAGAGGGACCUGGGCUGCCGAGCGAGCCAGGUGCAGGUGAUCGAGGAGGGCUCCAUGGGACAGGGCCCCUCCGACCGAGACUUCUGGAGGACACUGGGGGGCCAGGACACGUACCAGGGGGCGGGGACUCCGGACGAGGACGAGCUGUACGAGGCAGCCAUCGUGGAGACCAACUGUGUGUACCGACUGAGCGAGGACAAGCUGGUGCCCGACGACCUGUUCUGGGCCAAGAUCCCACGCUGCUCCUUGCUCGCACCCACAGAGGUACUGGUCUUUGACUUCGGCAGUGAGAUGUACAUCUGGCACGGGAAGGAGGUGACGCUGGCCCAGAGGAAGGUGGCGUUCCAGCUCGCCAAGCACCUGUGGAACGGAACCUUCGACUAUUCUAACUGUGACAUCAACCCCCUGGACCCGGGGGAGAGCAACAGCCUCAUCCCCAAGAAAGGCCAUGGCAGACCGGACUGGGCCGUGUUCGGGCGCCUCACGCAGCACAACGAGACCACUCUGUUCAAGGAGAAGUUCUGGGACUGGAGCGAGAGCAGCCGGCCCCUCCCCAUUAACAUGAACGAGCAGCAGCUCAGGAGCAAGGAGCAGCCCCUCUCUCUCCCCCCUCGUGCCUACAGCGCGGCCCGCAUGCUCCCCCCUCACCGCGCCCCCGUCUGCUCGGUGCUGGACGGCUGUAACGUGGGCCGGGGCUGGGGGCUGGUGGAGGGGGAGGAGGGCAGGAGCCACGAGGUCAGCACUCUGGGGGUGGAGGUGUGGCAUAUCCUGGAGUUCGACUACAGCCGCCUCCCCCAGCAGAGCAUCGGCCAGUUCCAUGAAGGAGACGCCUACGUGCUCAAGUGGAAGUUCAUGGUCAGCGCCUCAGUGGGGCGCUGGCAGAGUCUGGAGCCCGUCAGGACCUGUGUCCCCGGGAAAGAGAAGUGUGUGUACUUCUUCUGGCAGGGACGAUGCUCCACGAUCAGCGAGAAGGGGACGUCUGCUCUCAUGACGGUGGAACUGGACGAGGAGCGAGGGGCACAGGUGCUGGUGCAGCAGGGCAAAGAGCCUCCCUGUUUCCUGCAGUGUUUCAAAGGAGGCAUGGUGGUGCAUUCUGGGAGGAGGGAGGAGGACGGGGACUCGACCCACAACUCGUGGCGUCUGUACUGUGUGCGUGGGGAGCUGGUGGAGGAGGGCCACCUGCUGGAGGUGAGCUGUCACUGCAGCAGCCUGCGCUCUCGGGUCUCCAUGCUGCUGCUCAGCGUCACCCAGUCUCUCAUCUACCUGUGGCACGGCUGCAAGACCCAGGAGCACACCCGAGAGGUGGCCCGGAGCGCGGCCAAUCGGAUCAAAGAGAACUGUCCUCUGGAGACCGGCCUGCACAGCUCCAGUCGGGUCACGGUCCUGGAGUGCGAGGAGGGGGCGGAGCCUGCGGGAUUCUGGAAGGCUCUGGGCCGACGGGACAGGAAGGCCUACGACUGCAUGCUCCAAGACCCGGGCCGCUUCCACUUCACCCCUCGCCUGUUCCACCUCAGCUCCAGCUCUGGGGACUUCACUGCGGUGGAGCUGCUGUACCCGGCCAGGGAGCCUCAGCGGAUCAACCCCAUGCCCUUCCUCCAGGACGACCUCUAUCAAGCCCAGCAGCCAGGCCUGUUCCUUGUGGACAACCAUCAUGAGGUGUACCUGUGGCAGGGCUGGUGGCCGCAGGACUCCGAGACCGGAUCGGCCCGAAUCCGCUGGGACCAGGACCGCAAGUGUGCCAUGGAGACGGUGCUGGACUACUGCCAAGGGAAGUGUGAGCAGAAGCCCCCGAAGGCCUACCUGAUCCACGCCGGUCUGGAGCCUCUGACCUUCACCAACAUGUUCCCCACCUGGGAGCACCGCGAGGACAUCGCCGAGAUCACAGAGAGGGAGGCAGAGGUGUGUCAGCAGAUCAUCCUGGUGCAGGAGGUGCUGGCCCGCCUCUGCCAGAGCACAUACCCUCUCUCCCAGCUGCUGUCCCGCCCACUGCCCGAGGGAGUGGACCCCCUGCGGCUGGAGCUGUAUCUCUGUGAGCACGACUUCCAGACGGCCCUGGACAUGAGCAGAGAGGACUUCUUCAGUCUUCCCGGGUGGAAACAGGUCAACGUCAAGAAGAACAAAGCUCAGCUCGUAAAUAAGCGGGCUGCCUUCAUCCACACGGGGCCAGCACAGGACGUCCCAGCUGCGGCCACACGGGGGCGCUCUGCUCACGACCGGGGUCCUCUGACGAAGAGGCCCAGUCCUCCUGCUGCAGCGACCCAGGAAGAGGCCCAGUCCUCCUGCUGCAGUGACCCAGGAAGAGGCCCAGUCCUCCUGCUGCAGCGACCCAGGAAGAGGCCCAGUCCUCCUGCUGCAGUGACCCAAGAGGAGGCCCAGUCCUCCUGCUGCAGUGACCCAGGAGGAGGCCCAGUCCUCCUGCUGCAGCGACCCAAGAGGGGGCCCAGUCCUCCUGCUGCAGUGACCCAGGAAGAGGCCCAGUCCUCCUGCUGCAGCGACCCAGGAAGAGGCCCAGUCCUCCUGCUGCAGCGACCCAGGAAGAGGCCCAGUCCUCCUGCUGCAGUGACUCAGGAAGAGGCCCAGUCCUCCUGCUGCAGCGACCCAGGAAGAGGCCCAGUCCUCCUGCUGCAGUGA